GGAGCCAAAUGGAGCUUCAGCGAGGUGGUCUCCUAUAUACACCCAAGGGGUUUGCUGGGGUUUGCCAGCACGGUUGGCAGCUGUAUGGCGCGCCCCACUGACGUAUAAACCUCUCAGAGCCCAUAAAAGCACCCCUGCCACACUUCCAAUUGCUGACUUUCAACGGAUAACGAAACCAACCUACUCACUAAACCCCUCGUCGCAAUAAACAGCCAGUAAUGCCCCUUUUCGGUAAAUCGCAUCGUUCCGAGGACACCAAGCUCGUUGGCAACGACCAUCACGACGCACCAAACCGCAGCGGAAGCAUGUUCAGUGGUCGAAGGUCUACGGAUGCCAAUCACGAUCGUGACAGGGCGGGCAGCCCUACUUCGACCAACGGCUCCAGUUGGUUCAGGCGCAGCUCUUCCCCCAGCGACCGAUCAGGCCAUGGAAGCGACCCUAGCAUUGUGAACGCUCGACGGAAAGUCUCCGAGGCCGAAGAGGCUGAGAGAGCCGCAGAGCGUGCACUGUCUCAAGCACGCUACGCUGCUCGUGACGCCAAGGAGCACGUUAAGAUGCUUGAGCGUGAGGCGCAGGAAGAUGCCAAGCGCGCCAAAGCAAAGCAGGCUGAGGCGAAGUCCAUGAACAAGACUACCAAGGGUCUAGGAAGGAUCUGAUUCAUCGUGUGUGCAUCGUAUAUGCCGACGGCCGUAGUGGUGGCCGCUACCUCGUGUUGUGCUGUGUAAUAUGUCUAUUUGUUGACCUUAUCCGGGCUGCUGUGCCUUCAUACCCUUUCUUCUCGACCCAUACUGUAUCAUGACGAUGUAUAAUUAGUAAUGUUGUCAUCAAACCGGGGUGGCUAUCACUCACUUGUCUGGCUGCUAUCAUUCCAAC